CAAACUCGGUUAAUUAAGGUUACCACCAUUGAGCUCCCCGCGUCCACCGAUAUCACUGCCCAUUCCGGCGUGAGCUCCAAAAUCGCAACAGUCCAUUCAGCAUUCACCAGCAUAUAUUUGCCUCGCACGAACUGCCAUCUAUUUGGUCGCAUUAUCACAACCAAGUCGUUAUAAUGGUUGAAGUCAAACGUACGGUGAAGGUGGUGACAGAGCAGUCAACAAUCCCUGGCCGAGCACCGGAAGUUGAGGGCUUCCCAAUGAAGCUAUGGAGUAUUGAGAUCUUCCUUUUGGACGAGGCCGGCAACCAGAUUGAGGCGAACAUCUUCUCAAAGGCAACCUACAAUUUACAUGCGUCGUUUGCGAAUCCCACUCAAACUUUCGAAAAGCCACCGUUUCGCUGCCAGAAUGAGGGCUGGGGAGAGUUUGAUUUGACUAUCGACCUCCACGCAGUCGAGAAGGGCGGAAAGCACACAAUCGCGCACGACCUCAACUUUGCGCAGCCCCGAUACGAGGCCAAGCAUGUGAUCAACUUCAAGAACCCGAACCCCAACCUCCUUGACGUGCUGCGCAAGUCGGGUCCCGUGCCAGACGACGCGAACGGCGCGCGCAAGAAGGGUGGUGACGCCGACGCGAGAAAGAAGAAGAAGACAGGGCAGGUGGACAUGGACAGGCUUGCCGAUGGGCUUGUGAAGUUGCAGGAGGAUGAUCUACUCCAAGUGGUACAGAUGAUCCAUGACAACAAGUCCGACGAGACAUACACGAAAAACGACGUUGACCAAGGCGAAUUCCACGUCGACCUUUACACGCUUCCGGACGCCCUCGUGCGAAUGCUCUGGGAUUUCGUGCAAUCGAAGGCAUGAGCGCCCUACCGUGCUGGUAUCUGAUGAUCCAAUGGAGAGCUGCAGCAAACUCGGACAUAUACAUCUAAUUCAGCAAGAUUCCCAAUUACCUUUUUAAAAACCUACAGCACAUUCUGCACAAUACUUACCCCGCAGUCUCAAUUCCCUCUACAUUAUCCAUCCAGAUUAUCACACGGCGUUGGCAGGAAAUAUGGAAAUCCCGGUGGUGGACCAGCAAACAGCAAGGCGAUUAUACGAUUUUCUUUGUUUCUUCUUUCUUCUUUCAUCUUGAAAUGAGCUCGAUUCGACUUGGGUCCUCCUCCUUCCAUCCACAAGAAUCACUCGCCAAAGUUAUAUGAGCAUUUUUUAUGCCUGGGCGAGGUAGGGCGGCGGGGCGGCCUUCCGUGUUUUGCUUCGUUUUGAUGCCGUCGAUUGAGGCUAGAUUCGGUGGCUGGGGCCUGGUCUUUAGGGGCGCAUUUGGAAGGGGUUAGGAAUUGGUGGGAUAUAGCUUCGCAUAACACACAUCUUCAAUGGCAAACCUUAUUGUUGUGAACGCUAUGGAGCGUGAGAAGCCCGUCUAGU